GUGAAAGAACGCGAAAUGCAAGCGUUUGAGAUCAAGAUAUGUAGGCGAUUAAAGGGUGUUUCUAAGUGAAUUCAUAUUAUUUUUUUAUAGCUAUUUAUUGAUUUUCAAUCAUUAAAACGGUAUUUUAGCAUUAUAUUCAUAAGUUAUUAUUAAUUUAAUGUAAUCGCCGAGUGCAUUAGUGCUAUAUUUUUACAUAAAAGUCAUCGAUGUCAGUAGACGCUCUUAAAAAUGAGUGGAAACAAAGUCGUGACAGAUGAAGACAUAAUAGAGGCAAUUAGUGAAUGGCCUAUAACAGAGUCAAUCCCUUACACUGACGAUCGUACAGAACACAUUCACAACCCAGCAUCCCUCUCCAGUUUCUUCCUUAGGAAUGUCGGCAAACCAAGAAAAGUUGCUGAAAAAGUGCGUGAGGAGGAGCCAGGUGAGGACGAGGUCCUGGUUGAAACAGCUCUAGCCCGCUGGUGGAAGAAAACUGGACGACACCUUCUGUUAGGGGUGGAGCUACCCAGCACUGACAAUCCUAACACUCUAAUUAAUUAUGUAGCAGGCACUGAUGAGGGUCUGGAGUUUAUGCAGGGUGAGAUACGAAGACUACGGAAUAAACUCUCCUGCGGAAGUAAAAAUAUAUCAGUUUCAUCAGCUCUGUCAUCUUUCUAUGAACGUCUUGGCAAUCUAACCUUGGCAAAGCUGCAUCUGGAAAAGGUCAGAGAACAUCACUCAGAAGACAAGGAGGCUGAGUGGCGGCUGGCUCGCCUGGAGAGGGCAGAGGGACACAGGCAUCGGCAAGAGGAGAUACUAAGGGAGAUGGACCACAACUCUCUGUCACAGUUAACCUUUCCCGCACACAGCCAGGUUGAGCGUGUACCGGCCAGUGGACUGUCAUACAGUGACUUCCUGCACAAAUACGCCCAGACCAGUACCCCAGUCAUUGUAACAGGCCUGCAGAUUACCAGUCAACCGUGGACACUGGACCAUGUUAGCAAAGUUGCAGGAGAGUGUGAUGCCCCUGUGAAGAAGCCAGUGAAGGAAUCUGUGAAAUUUGCCCACCUUGAGGACUGUGGCACCAUGAAGGUCAAGGACAUUAUAGAUUCUCUCCAUGGGGACUUGCCACAUGACCAGCAGGUGUACCUGUUUGAUUGGUCUUUGCCCUGUCACUGCCCUGAGUUAGCCAAGGAAAUUACCAUACCCAAAUAUUUUGCAGGUGACCUGCUACAGAGGACAUCAGCUGAUUCCCUUUACCAGGACAGCUGGCCAAGCUUGUUCAUUGCCCCGGCUGGUCUCACCAGCGAACUACAUGUAGACACCUUUGGCUCUAACUUCUGGAUGGCACUCUUUCAGGGCAAGAAAAGGUGGACAUUUUUCCGGCGUGAGGACAUAUCUUUGUUAUACCCUGUAUACAACAACCCGUGGAGUGAAGACCCUAACUUUCGGGUGGACCUGGACAGCCCAGACCUGUCACAAUUCCCACUCCUCGCCCAUACCCACCCUGUACAGUGUGUGCUGGAACCCGGUGAAGUGCUGUUUGUGCCUGCAGGGUGUCCCCAUCGUGUGGAGAAUUUGGAAUCUUCACUCGCGAUUUCUGCCAACUACAUUGACCUCUCAAACCUUCACCUCGCUCAAAGGGAGCUCACUCUGGCUGCUCUCUUACACUCAAGGUCACAUGACCUUCUCGAGCAGCUCAGUGAUCCGAACUUUCCCAACAAGCAUUGGAGUGACAUUGAUCAUAUGAAAUUUGAAGAAUUCAAAUCUUGGGUGAAAUUAAAAGAACAAUAUGAACUGUUUGAUAUAACCCUUGAGAGUGUAGAAAAAGAACAAAAAGUUUUAACAGUGUAGCUGUGCUAUAACUAAACAUUGUCAGUAUGUAUACAUUACAAUGUAUACAUUGAAAUAUGUUAAAAAUAUUCAGUUGGCAAUUGUGUAUAGAUCUGAACAUAUUAUGCAUACAAAAUGAUUAAAGAAUUACUAAAGAAGA